GGUUUUGGAGAAACAGUUGGCCUCCAUCGGGAGCUGCGCUGUUUUGGUCGUCCUGGCCCUUCCGCCCUCCUCCGCGUUGAGUUUGCGUGGGUGAUUCCUGAGAGCAUUGCAGGCUGGAAGUGCAACCUCCUGCCAUGGUGAAGAUCUUCGUGGGAGGAGUCUCCCCUUCUGUCACAGUGGAUGAGCUGAAGAAGCUCUUUGAGCAGUAUGGACAGGUGAACGAGUGCGACAUCCUGAAGAACUUUGCCUUUGUGCACAUGGAGAAGGAGGACGAGGCCCACAAGGCCAUCAGCGAGCUGCACAAGCAGGAGUUCUACGGAGCCCACCUGACGGUAGAGUACGCCACCUCCAAGAUCCGUAACGCCACCAAGAUCUAUGUGGGCAAUGUCUCCAGCAAGGCCACCACAGCCCAGAUCAAGGAGCUCUUUGAGAAGUUUGGCAAGGUGGUGGAGUGUGACAUUGUCAAGAACUACGCCUUUGUCCACAUGGCCAAGGAGAGGGAAGCCAUGGACGCCAUCUUGAACCUCAACGACAUGCCUCUGGAGGACCAGAAGAUCUUUGUAACACUGUCCAAGAGCAACAACUCGCUCAAGACAACCAAGGGGACCUCUGUGCCACCUCCACCACCUGCACUGCCCAGUUACUACUUCCCCAGGGGGCGCAUCCCCCCGCCACCGCCUCCAUACACCCCAUAUGCACCCCGAUCUUGGUAUGACCGGGAAUAUUAUGACCGCUAUGCUUAUGAGCUCUACGACCGGGCGAUGACUGCCAGGACAGCAUACGAGAGGGUCCUGCCACCUCCGCCCUCUACCCCCACCGCCUACAGAGAGAGGAGCCCUGUGGGCAGGCGGACGACCGCUGCGGUGGCCCAGUAUACUGAUCCCUAUGCUGCCGCGGCUGCCGCCCAGACAUACAGUCAAGUGUACAACCAAACGGGUUAUGCAGCAGUGGCGGCUGCAGCCGCAGCAGCAGCUACCUACUCCCAGUACAGCAUGGGUGCCACCUACAGUGCAGGAGAGUACUAUGAGAAAUACAGCAACAGCUAUGCCACUCAAUAUGCCCAGACGUACUAAUCUUACUGUGCUCAUAGUAGUAAGUGACCAGAGAUCUUAGCUUCGGUGGGAGGCAGAGGCAUGGGGUGGAGAGUAACUAGCCCUAGAACUCCUUAUUGGCACAGUUUUUUAUGGGGUAAGGGAGUGCCACUCCUCCCUAAAGUAGCUCUCUGAUGCCAUCCACAGUGGAUGGAGGUUACCAUGCCUCCUGAAAGGCAGUAAAUAGGCUCCUAUGAACUAGACAACCUUUUAUGUGUGUGUGUGUUUAUAUAUAUAAAU